UGGUAAAUGUCUAUUGAUCAUCUGCACAGGAUUCUGCAUCCCUGCAUAGCUAGUUCAGCUGGUAAACAGGCAGAGAAACACAUGGUUCUCUACGGCUGAUAAUCCCUGCAUAUUUUGUUUAUAACUUCCAGGGUUUUGUUGGUAUCAAAGUGGAAUAUUUGUUUUCCAGUGAGACAGUAUGAAGCCAACGGUGGUUCUGCUGGCCUUCAUGCUCGUUUUGGCCACCACUUUUGCUGCAGAGCAGUCCUGUGUGGGUCACUGUGGCUCCUUCAACGCCCAGAGGAAAUGCCAGUGUGACUCCAUGUGUGUGUACUACGGAAGCUGCUGCGGAGACUACGACACUGUCUGCCCCAAGAAAAUUGCUCGUGGAGACACCUUUGAAACACCUGAGGAAAUGGCUGCAACAAACAAUACUCCUGUUGAUGCUGCCACAACUCUCGCACCGACCUUCAACACGACUACAGUACCUGCCACUACCAUCCCUCCACCCACCACCACACCUGGACCCACCCUGCCCUCAGACCCCGACGCCAUCCCCUGCAGUGGUCGGCCUUUCGAUGCUUUCCUGCAGCUGAAGAACGGGUCGAUCUAUGCUUUCAGAGGUGAAUAUUUCUUUGAGUUGGAUGAGAGCGCUGUUGUUCCUGGUUACCCCAAACUCAUCAAGGACGUGUGGGGAAUCUCCGGCCCCAUCGACGCUGCCUUCACACGCAUCAACUGCCAGGGGAAAACAUACAUCUUUAAGGGGAAUAAGUACUGGAGGUUCGAGGACGAUGUCUUGGAUGACGACUACCCUCGGGACAUUUCAGUCGGCUUUGACAAAGUUCCAGAUGAUGUUAACGCCGCAUUCGCCAUACCGGCACCGGGUCACCACGGCAAAGAGAAGGUCUAUUUUUUCAAAGGGGAGCAAUAUUACCAAUAUGAGUUUAAGCACCAGCCGUCCCAUGAGGAGUGUAUUCGCAUGACCAGGUCCUCCCCAUCGGUGAUGUUCACACAGUACACAAACCUGUUCUGUGACCAGACAUGGGAGGAUCUCUUCGCAGAUCUCUUUAGAGGCAUUGAGGGUCACCACAAAGGUCCUCAUUUCAUCAGUCGGGACUGGGUGGGCAUCAGGGCCCCUGUAGAUGCUGCCAUGGUGGGACGUGUCUACCUCGGUCCCAAAACCACACCCCCUCCUCGUCUGGUGGCGAAGAAACGAGCCAGUCGCAAGAAGAGGCCCAGCAGGAGACGUGGACAGCGAGGAAGGCAGAGCCGCUCCCUGUUCUUUGAGGAUUUAUGGAGUUAUGUUGAUUGGUUUGCUGACUACCUCGACUACAGUGACUACAGCGACUACAGCGAGGUCAACACUGACAGCACCACACACGAGCAGAGGAGCAUGCCUGUUCAAAAUGUCUACUUUUUCAAGAGAGAUAAAUACUACAGGGUGGAUCUGCAGACAAAACGUGUGGACUAUGCCAGGCCUCCUUACCCACGAUCCAUUGCAAAAUACUGGCUGGGCUGCAAGUAUGAAGAGACAUCUGAUGUUUCACGGGCAGAGAAGAGAUAGAUGGAUCGACCGAGUCAGUAGUUUCAAGAGGAAUAAUGAGGAUGGAUUCACUCUACAGGCUCUUAGUCUCAAAGUUAAAUACAAAUCUUUGUAAUGAGCAUCUGCUUUCAGUAUUUAGCAAUUUGACUGGUUAAAAGCACAGCUAGCUCCUGAUAGUUUUGUCCUUAAAGCAUUCUCCAAAGCGUAAGAAAUAUCAACAGUCUCCUCUGUACAUUUUAGAGACAGCAAAUAAACUUUAGAGAUUUCGUUUCUUCAACUGCCUCAAUGCUUUCUCUGUCCAAAUAGAAUAUGCAGACAUGGACAUACGCACAGUACCUGCACACAAAUACACACACACACACACACAAGGGAGAAAAUCAGGCCAGUAUAGACAUAACCCACAAACAACUGCACUUGUUGGGGUGAUUAUCUUAAGUGUUCAUGUGUAUUUAUUUAUGUUUUAAAAAUUACCUUCUGACAUUUCAAACCAAUAGGGAGAGCUACCGAGACCACCAGAAAGACAAUAAAGUGAUUUGUCGCUCCUGAUUGACUAUGAAUCAGUUCUCUACAUGUACUCCAUGUUCUCUCUCCUGUUCCAUGUCUCCUGAUCUGAAAGCAUUGAACCAGACAGGUGAAAGCAGCAAAAUGAGUCAAGUGGGAGGUUGCGAGUAAAUUAUUCAAACUCCAGCAAGUUUUCAAAAAUAACAUUAUGACAUAAUAAACUGUGAUAAAGAUAAAUGAAA